AUGCCAAACAAGCAGACAGAGCCGGUCAUCAACAUUAGCCUUCGGAAGUUGAGCCUGACAGCCCCAGAGCCACAGCCCAAAGAGCCAAAGACCUUCACCGUGGAAGAUGCUGUGGAGACCAUUGGCUUUGGGCGUUUCCACAUUGCACUCUUUCUCAUCAUGGGGAGCACUGGGGUGGCAGAGGCUAUGGAGAUCAUGCUGAUAGCGGUGGUGUCCCCAGUUAUCCGCUGCGAAUGGCAACUGGAGAACUGGCAGGUGGCAUUGGUGACCACGAUGGUGUUUUUCGGCUACAUGGUGUUCAGCAUCUUCUUCGGCCUCCUGGCUGACAGAUACGGUCGUUGGAAGAUUCUGUUCAUCUCGUUCCUGUGGGGCGCCUACUUCUCCUUGCUGACCUCUUUCUCCCCCUCGUACAUCUGGUUUGUCUUCCUGCGGACGAUGGUGGGCUGUGGCGUGUCCGGCCACUCACAAGGGCUAAUUAUAAAGACUGAAUUUUUGCCCACAAAAUAUCGAGGCUAUAUGCUGCCCUUGUCUCAGGUGUUCUGGCUGGCCGGCUCGCUGCUCAUCAUCGGCCUGGCGUCCGUCGUCAUCCCCACCGUCGGCUGGCGCUGGCUCAUCCGCAUUGCCUCCAUCCCUGGCAUCAUCCUCAUCAUAGCCUUCAAGUUUAUUCCCGAGUCAGCUCGCUUCAAUGUGUCCACCGGGAACACCCAGGCUGCCCUGGCCACACUGGAGCACAUCGCCAGGAUGAACCGCUCGGUCAUGCCCGACGGGAAGCUGGUGGAACCUGUCCUGGUGAGUGUGGCCUGCCUGUUCCACUCAGAGUCCUGGGGGCUGGGCAUCUCCUUUGCCUACUACGGGGCCAUCCUGGCCAGCGCCGAGCUGCUGGAACGGGACCUGGUGUGCGGCUCACGGGAGCCGUCGCAGGGGGCGGUGGCGGUGGCCGCGGGCGACUCGGCCGAGAGCCGCAGCCCCUGCCACUGCCGCCCGUUCGCCGCCUCCGACUACCGCACCAUGAUCAUCAGCACCGUGGGCGAGAUCGCGCUGAACCCCUUCAACAUCCUGGGUCUCAAUCUCCUGGGGAGACGGCUGAGUCUGUCCAUCACCAUGGGGUGCACCGCCUUGUUCUUUCUGCUGCUCAAUGUGUGCACCUCCAGUGCCGGCCUCAUCGGCUUCCUGUUCGUGCUGCGGGCUCUGGUGGCGGCCAACUUCAACACCAUUUACAUCUACACGGCCGAGGUCUACCCCACCACGAUGCGUGCCUUGGGGAUGGGCACCAGCGGCUCCCUGUGCCGCAUUGGUGCCAUGGUGGCGCCAUUCAUCUCUCAGGUCCUCCUGAGUGCCUCGUUCCUGGGGGCCCUGUGUCUGUUCUCGUCCGUCUGCGUGGUCUGCGCCGUUUCGGCUUUCACGCUCCCCAUCGAGACCAAGGGACGAGCUCUGCAGGUAAGCGACGCGAGCAGCGCUGAUUCGCAGCCACCACUUCUGACCAAAGGGACCAGGUGCAGCCAGCCUUUCAGCGACGUGUGA